UAUAAGUAUGCUGUCGUUUUCCUCGUGUUGCAUGGCACAAAUUGAAUCAUUCUUCUUGUACACUGUAUCCCGUGACCCUCUCGUGGUAAGGAAGAAAUAAAUCAACAAAAGCAAAAAAGAAUUACGUUACCCUUGCGUUCUCACCAGGAAGCAACACCACAUCUCGCAAACAUGGGUUUUCAAAGUGAACUGCCUGGAUCGACCAAGCGUCCCAAGUCUCAACUUCGCCAACAACCAGGGAACGAAGCAUUAUUUUAUAUGAUCCGCAACACAUUUUCCAUCUCGACAUGGCUUCUGGCGGGAGCGCUGUUACAAUCCCUCGUCGUCUUUAUCAUCCCCCGCUUCUACGCCAUGCUGCCUUCGAUCCUCAUCCUGGGCGGACGUCUCGUCAACACCCUCGCCAUCACGUACGGACUCAAGGAGAAUCCGUACCUCAAGGGGUCCAUCCACGGACGAACCUCGCCUCAGAUCCCGGACGAAGACGGUAACUUUCACCAAGAAUCGUCGGCCGAAAAAGUGGUCGUGUUCCUGUUGGGGUUCAAGUCGAACCACCCCAUGGGUUUUCUGACCCCAAAAGCCACGACGGUCGGAAGCUACUUUAACAAGAUGAUCAAGGAUCUCGAGAAGAAUUCCCCGGGGUCCGGUUACUACGGUGGAUCGUCGUGGCAGAACCAGGCCGCCAACGGAGCACCCGAAAACUUGAUCGUCACGUACUGGCGGUCGACCGAGGACAUUCACAAGUUCGCGUACGGUCCCGUGCACCGCGAGGCUUGGGACUGGUGGAACAAGGUAAUCAAGGAGGUCGACCACAUCGGCAUCAACCACGAAAUCUUCGAGGUGGACAAGAAACACUGGGAGGGCAUUUACGUCAACUUCCAACCUACCCUGCUGGGCGCGACGACGUAUCUGAGAAAGGGAGACAAGAUGAUCGGUGGCAAUGUCGACGAUGAGUGGAUUUCGCCUCUGAUGGACGCGAGGAGAGGCAAGUUGAGGAGUAGCGCCGGGAGAUUGGGAAGAGACCCCACGCAGUUGUAUGAUCAGUAUAAAGUCAAGGAAGGGGAUGUCAUGGUUGCUUGAUGGUUGUACUUUGCACUGUUGUGGAUGUGGUGAGAUGAUUGAGUAAAAAGGAUUGACAAGGAAAGGUAAUGAUCCAUGAAUAUAUAGUAAUAUUGAGGUCAGUUCAGUUAGGUAGUCAUGAACAAUGACAAGCAUAG